AUGUAUUGUGCUUUUACCCUAUUAUUACUCGUUGUCAACUAUUUUCGUUAUACAAGCGCCGGAAGUAUUGUUCUUGAGCAGGAUCCUCGCCUCCAAGACCCGUUUUAUCGUGAUGUUUAUGCGCGAGCCUCGGGUCUUCCGCUGGCUUCUGUCAAUUCUGUAGUGCACAAUGUCAAACACAAAUCCAAUGGCAUUCUUGACAUUUGGUCGGAUAAACCAUUUCGGGGUCAGAGGCCCGUUUACAAACCGACACCGCCGCCGUACACGCCUCCGCCAUGGGUUCGAGGGCGUCCGAGAAAUCCGCCUUGGGAUCAACGAUUCAGUGAGCCAGACAACUAUCCAUCGGCAGCAGGAGCAGAUUAUGAUGAAUACGAGCGGCCUAGAAGGCCGAUUUCGAGAGGACGAGGUCGAGGUCGUAGGCCACCAAAAGCGCCUGUUCGAGUCAAAAUAAGCAAACCUGAUGAGCUCAUUGAAAAUGGUGAAGGUACUAGAGAUGACGAGGAAUCACAAAAGCAAACUGAGGAUGAGAAGAACGAUUCGAAUGAGGGUCAAGCAACGACAGAAGCAAAUAAGAAGGAGGGCGAGAAAGAGUUGGAACUCUUUCCAAAUUUAGAUAGCGAAGACGAGAAGGCUGAUGAGAAACCUAAGAAGGAGACGAAAGAGAAGUCGAAAGAGAGCAAUGAUGAAGGCACGAAGAGCGACAAAAAGAAAUUGCCGAAAAGUAAGAAAGAUGACAGUGAGGGCCAGAAGGUUACUGAAGUAGGGUCGAACGAUGAUGAGGGCAUCAUCAAGCUUGGCGAAAUUGAUUUGGCUGAUGUGAAAGCAAGCGGAGGAGGUCAUGAGAGUCUUCGACAAACUGGUCAUAUCACAAAAACAAAUUUAAAACCUAAAGAGAAGAAGAAGAAAAUUGUCGAAGAUAGCGGUGAUGAGGAUGAGGAUAAGAAUGAAGAAGAUGAUAGUAAAAAGAAAAAGAAAAACAAGUCUGACGAUGAAGAUAACAACGAGGAAGACAGUGAAGAGGACGCUGAAAAAAAUAAGAAGAAGAAGAAAAAGGAGAAGAAAAAGAAAAAUAAUAAAAAGAAAAAAGAUGAAAAUGAUGAAAGUAAAGAAAAUGAUGAUGAAAAUGGGAAGCUGAAGAUAGUGGAUGGAGAAAUUAAAGUUCCUCAAUCGAUUGAUGGAAGCACUGAAGAUUCCGAUGAAGAUUUUUCUGAUGAAGACGACGAUGAGGAUGAUAAUGACGAAGACGACAAUAAUAAACCGAAAUCGAAAAAUAAAAAGAUGGACCCAAAGAAAAAAUGCGGAAUGUUGAAAACUGGCGGACCAUCGUAUAUGGUUCCGCCAAUCAUGGGUUAUUCACAAUUUCCACCGCCUACGAAUCCGCAGUCAACGCCAGCGCCAAAUAACGAUGAAAAAUCGAGAAGCGAUGACUAUCAGGAUUUUGAAUCCAAGGAUUGCAAGGACAAUGACGAAAAGGUUCACGAAGACGACGAUUAUAGUGAGGAAAGCGAUGAGAGCGAAAAGAAAAAAAGAAAGAAGAAGAAGAAGAAAUCGAAAAAAUCAGAGAAACGCAAAAAAGGAAAAUCGCAUAAAUCUCGAAGUUUGGAUUACUUGACGCCGAAAGAAAAAAUUGAUCAAGUCAAACGAAAUCGUGGGCAUAUUUUAGACGAGCUUCAUGCUCAAGACGAUUUGAAGAAGCUCCAGAAGACCAAUUCGAAAGCAAUGACGCUGGGAAUCGACUGCUCACAGACCAGCGACGAGUUUCCAUUGAAAUGUGGCGCAUGGCAAUCGGUUGGAUUUUGCGAGACGAAUCAAGCCACUCAAUUCUUGUGGUGUCGAAAAACUUGCUUAUGCACACCGUUGGCAACCACAACACCCGAGAGCCCUUCAACACCGACGCACAAUUAA